CUGGCUUCACAUGACUUGUCUGGGAGGGGACAGGCACCUCCUGCUUGGAAACACCCCCGUUGUCCUUGCCUAAACCCUCAUACAGUUUCGACAGCAGUAGUGAAAAGUGAGGAGUUGAACUCUGGGCUCUGAAUAGACACAAAGGACCUCUCCUAGGCUACCAUCAGCAGGAGCUUUUCUAGGAACGAAGGUUCCCCCUAAAACCGUUCAGUGCUUGGUAGGACAUCAAACACCACAUCUGGUCCUGUGUCUGUCCACACAGAGUGGCUGAUAUGCAGCUGUUCAGGUGACCAGUUUAUUCCUCCUUUCUGAAACGCUGCAAGAAGAGUCCUCCCAAGAGGUUUCCCUCCAUCAUCAAGAUGGAAACAGACUCUGGAUAUUCCUCCACUGCUGAGCUGCAGAAGCAGGGAAAGAAGCUCUCACAUGCCUUGAGGAUCAGUGCCUACGUCUUCAGUACAGGCCUGCUCAUGUUCACUGCCUUAGUGAACUCUGUUUCUUGGUUUACGCAGAAUAUAACUUUAGGCAAUUUCUGGCAAACAACAUGGUUGGAAUUCUACGACCAUAUGGAGGGAGAUGAGUGGACAAUCUUCCUCAUUGGGGCUGCAUUGGUGCCUGCACUUGCUUUCUGGGGCUUCAAUGGAAUCCUUCUGGUGGCUGAUAUAACAGGAAAGCCAACUUUCAUAACUCGCUAUCGCAUUCAGCUGGGCAAGAAUGAUCCUGUGGACACAAAGAAACUGUGGAAAGCCAUCUACACAGUGCUGGGUAAUCAGUUCUUUAUCUCCUUUCCCAUGCUUGUGCCCAUGUUCUACGUCAUGAAAUGGUGGGACAGCACCUUCAGCAAGGAAUUACCAACCUUCCAGUGGUUUCUUGUGGAGCUAAGCAUUUUUACUGUAGUAGAGGAAAUUCUCUUCUAUUAUUCACACAGGCUUGUUCACCACCCAGUGCUGUAUAAGCACAUUCAUAAGAAGCACCACGAGUGGACAGCCCCCAUCGGUGUGGUCUCCAUUUAUGCUCACCCAAUAGAACACAUAAUCUCCAACACUCUGCCUGUCAUGACUGGCCCGAUGAUCAUGGGAUCUCAUAUUGUUUCAAUCUCGGCAUGGUUCUCCAUUGCUCUUGUAACAACAAGCAUUUCUCACUGUGGCUACCACCUGCCCCUCCUGCCAUCUCCAGAGUUCCACGACUUCCACCACCUCAAGUUCAACCAGUGCUACGGAGUGCUGGGAGUGCUGGAUUUUCUGCAUGGCACGGACAAAAUGUUCAGACAAACCAAAGCCUUCGAGAGACACAAGGUCCUGUUCGGCCUCACACCACUCUCUGAAAGCAUCCCUGAUCCACCCAAGAAAGAUGAGUGAACCAGCCCAGCAGCUCUUGCCCAGCAGAGUGAGAGACAAUGAUUUAUGCCAAAUAGUAUUUUAAUCAGGAAACAAGUUCUUGUCCACACAUAACAAAACAUGAAGUUGAAUAUGCUGCUUGAAACGACUGCACUUUUGCUGCCAUUGUUUUCUAUCUAAAACACUCGCAAAAAAAAACAUGCUCUAGAAAUCUAUUUUUAAAAGUUAA